AUGAAACGUGACUGUUCCUCCAAAGAUGGACUGUUCCUGGUUCACCCUCUGUGCAGUUCUCCAGAAGAAACACUAUUUCACAAGGAGGAGGACUCGCAAAUUAAAUCUGAAGAGGACGAGAGUAACGAGACGCCGUCAUCAGAGGAGGAGCAGGACAACGUGGAUUACAACCUGAGUUUAAAACAGACUGUGUCCCGGAAAAGCAUCAGCCAAAUCAUCAAAGACAAGAAGAAACAGACACAUCUUACUCUGCAGUGGCUGGAGGAGAACUAUAUCGUGUGUGACGGCGUUUGUUUGCCGCGCUGCAUCCUCUACGCUCACUACCUGGACUUCUGCCGCAAAGAGAAGCUGGAGCCGGCCUGCGCUGCCACCUUCGGGAAAACAAUUCGACAGAAAUUUCCGCUGCUGACAACAAGACGUCUAGGAACCAGAGGACACUCCAAGUAUCACUACUACGGCAUUGGCAUCAAGGAGAGCAGUGCGUACUAUCAUUCUGUGUACUCUGGGAAAGGCCUGACCAGGUUUUCUGGAAGCAAAUUGAAAAAUGAGGGCGGCUUCACUCGAAAAUACUCCCUCAGCUCUAAAACUGGAACACUGCUCCCAGAUUUCCCCAGCGCUCAGCACCUUCUCCUGCAGGGAAACGUCCCCAGGGAAAAGGUCGACACACUGAUCAUGAUGUACAAGACCCACUGUCAGUGCAUCCUUGAUAACGCCAUCAACGUCAACUUUGAGGAGAUCCAGAACUUCUUGCUGCACUUCUGGCAGGGGAUGCCCGACCACCUACUGUCGGUGCUGGAGAACCCAGUCAUAGUGGACGUCUUCUGUGUGUGCGAUUCUAUUCUGUACAAGGUUUUAACUGAUGUCUUUAUUCCUGCCACGAUGCAAGAGAUGCCAGAAAGCUUGUUGGCCGAUAUUCGUAAUUUUGCGAAACACUGGGAGAACUGGUUAGCGUCCUCUCUGGAGAACCUGCCUGAAAGCCUCGCUGCAAAAAAGCUGCCCAUUGCACGCCGCUUUGUGUCCUCUUUGAAGAGACAAACUUCAUUCUUACAUUUAGCCCAGAUUGCUCGUCCAGCGCUUUUUGACCAAGCGGUAGUGACUGGAAUGGUGUUGGACAUCGACAGUCUGGACCUUAACAACAUCAGCUCUCAGCCUCUCCUCAGUGUCGGCUCCUCAGGAGACCAGGACCAGAUCUACUCCGAGUACGACUCGGUGAGUGUGUUUCAGGAGCUUAAAGAGCUGCUGAGGAAGAACGCCACGGUGGAAUCGUUUAUUGAAUGGUUAGACUCUGUCCUGGAGCACAAAGUCAUCAAGCCUGGCAAACAGAGCGGCCGUUCAGUGAAGAAACGAGCCCAGGACUUUUUAUUGAGGUGGAGUUUUUUCGGUGCCCGAGUGAUGCACAAUCUGACCCUGAACAAUGCUUCCAGUUUUGGCUCUUUUCACCUGAUCCGAAUGUUGCUGGACGAAUACAUCCUUUUGGCUUUGGAAACUCAGUUCAACAACGACAAGGAGCAGGAGCUACGCAAUCUCCUGGACAAAUACAUGAAAAACGCAGAUGCCAGUAAAGCGGCUUUCAUGGCAUCACCCAGUUCCUGCUUUUUGGCGAAUCGCAGCAAAGCUAAUGCUGUCUCUGACCAAUCAGUGAAGAAUGAGUCUCUAGUCGAACCGUCCUAUGUAUCGACAGUGAAUCAUCCACAAACUGUAGCAGACACAAGCAUUUAUCUGGGAACAGAACCAUCCAUGUUUGCAUUAACUGGUUCCCAACUGGACUUCUCCCAAGUGACUGGGACCCUCAUGACGCCCCCUAUCUCUCCUGUGGGGGUAGCGCACCGUGGCUCCGUCAUAAACCAGGGUCCGAUGGCGGCGCGGCCUUUUCCCUCCUCCACGUCCUCGUCUUCGUGUCAGUCGUCACUCAGCCUGACACAGCCCAGCCCCUGCUCCUCAUACGGGGAAACCCUGUAUCAGACCGGAACUGGGUACUUCCCUCCAGCCAGCCCGGCAUCCAACUACCAACUCUCCCUCAGCCGGCCUCAGAGCCAGUGUGUGUCCGCUGCCCCCUCUCAGAGCGCAUCGUUGGGCUUCUCUCUCUGCCGUUACCCCCCGUUCAGCGACCAGUCCCUGAGUAAAGACGUGUUCUUCAGCCACACCAACAGAGGCCCCUGCUCCCUGCCGGCCUACGACUCCCUCCGCUCUGGCUUCGUCGCAGAGUCAGAGCCAGAAUCAGGUCUGGACCCGGAUCAUGGCAUGGACUCUGACGGCUUUGUGUUCGGAGCGCAAAGUGGAUACUCGACUCCCAGCGGUUUCUAUGGAAACAGCUCAUGUUUGGAGAGGAUGGCAUCUCUGGAUCAACAUGUGUCUGUGAUCAGCAGUGUGAGCAGUCUGAGAGCAUUCGGGUCUUUCUCCGAGGCGCACGACCCUCUUAACCUCCUCGGAGAAAUCAGCAGGAAACAGAACUGUGUGCUCUAUGGAGACUCGGAGCCCUCCUCAGGCCCCUCUCUGUCGUCGGUCACAGCGCCCUGUAUGUUCAGCGGCUCCUACUCCUCUCAUGACGCCGCCCUGUCGCAGCAGCAGCAGCAGCAGCAGCAGCAGCAGCAGGUCCCCUCUGAGGUGCAUGGCCUACUGUCCUCCCUGCCCCCCAUAAACACAGUGUUCAUGGGCGGAGGAGGACACUAG